UUACAAAGCAAAAUCGAUUUUUAUCAAUUAGAAUAAUUGUUUGUAAAGUUAUGAAUAAAUGACUGAGAAAGUGGGAGCAUUUGUUUUGAAAUACAUUUCUCCAUUGGAGGUAUGGCGUUCCAACAUGCUGCUCUAUUCUUCACGUUGAUAUUUCUUUGGCUGUUGUUGACGAACGCGCAAGGACGUCGCGACGCAAAAUAUCCUCAAGUCAGGACUCCGCAACAAAGAUUAACUAGAGGCAUCGAAGCUCUUAAAUACCACAACAUGGACUUAGGCACAGCUAGAGGUUACGGGAAAAGGGCCGUCGACAUGCAUAACGUCAACAACUUUCUGCUCGAAUGGAUUGCACUGGAAACCAGGAUGAGGAACUUGGGGAUACCCCGAAAUCUCCUGAGAGAUCAAGAAACUAUACCCGAAUGACUCUAUUUAUAAAAUCGUUAAAUUAUUGUGAUUAUUAUUUAAAUGCUGUACCCUGUUUGUAAAUUUCGUUUCCCACUGUAACAUAAUUUAAUAUUAGGCAAA